UGCUGUCAGGGAGCAAAGCUGCCUUCCCCGCUCGCUGCUGCGGUGCUGGGGUGGGUUUUUCUAUUUCUGCUUGUGAAAAGGUUUCCCCUGUAAUUACGAGGUGAUUUAACGCCCCGCCUGAGCUGUCGUUCACAGCUGCCGGACACAGCACUCAGGCUCUCGGCAGGGACUCAGCCCGGCAGUCACACCUCGGGCAGCCCUCAGCAGUGUCCCUUCCUCACUUCAAGAUGUCCCUGUCGCACACGGCUGCCGAGUACAUGCUCUCUGAUGCUCUGCUCCCGGACCCCAGCAGUUCCCGGGCCAAGGGCUUGCGGCUGGAGCUGCCGAGCGAUCGCCUGCUGAAGUUUGUCACCGUGGGGCUGCCCCUCUUCCUCGUCUCGCUGGCUUUCGCCCGGGAGUUCUCUGCUGGCUCCCAGAUCAGCUGCUUCUCUCCCACCAACUUCACGGGGAAGCAGUCCGCCUACACCGACACGGCUUGCUGGGACUCCCUCAUCCACCACGGCUUCGAUGCUGAGGGACGUGCCAUCACCAAGUCCCUCUGGGCUCUCAAGGCCUUCCCCUACUCGCUGCUGGUGGUGGCGGUGCUGAUGUACCUGCCGUACCUGCUGUGGCGCUACGCUGCUGCCCCCGCCCUGCACUGCGACCUCCUCUUCAUCAUCGACGAGCUGGAUAAAUCCUACAACCGCUCCGUGCGCCUGGUGCAGCACAUGAAGAAGGUGCAGCAGGCCAGUGCCGAGCCAGAGCAAUUCUGGGAGGAGUACGAGAGGGCCCGCCGGGAGAGGUAUUUCGAGUUCCCGUUGCUGGAGCGGUACCUGACCUGCAAGCAGCACGCCCACGCCCUGGUGUUCAUCUACAUCCUGAGGAACCUGCUGCUGCUCCUCUUCUUGGCUGCCACCUGCCUCUACCUGGUCUUUCUCCACCUUAACAUCUUCUUCCAGGAUGAGUUCAGCUGCUCCAUCAAAACGGGGUUGCUCGAGGCAGAGCCGCACAUCCCGUCGCUCAUCCCUUGCAAGCUGGUCUUCUUCUCCGUGUUCCAGCUCAUCAGCCUCUCCGUUGGCAGUGUCUAUGUCCUCCUCAUCCCUGUUGUCAUCUACAAUGCCCUGCAGCUCUGCCAGUGGGACAAGGGGCUGCUCUCUGUCUAUGAGAUGCUGCCUGCCUUCGACCUGCUCAGUCGCAGGAUGCUCACCUGCCCCCUCAACGACCUCAACGUCAUCCUCCUCUUCCUCCGUGCCAACAUCUCCGAGCUGACCUCCUUCAGCCGCCUCAACGCCGUCAGCGCCCUGAGGGAAGCCACUGCCAACAAGGAGGACAUCGACACUGUCAUCGACUUCAUGACGCUGCUGGCUGGGCUGGAGGCCACCAAGCCCAAACACCAAUCCUGCACCCCCGAGGCCGAAGGCAGCACAGCCCUCUCCAAUGGUGCAGCCCUAGAACCAAAGCCUGGAGUGGAAAGGAUGGGAAAAGCCUCACGGGACUCACUCGGCUCUGCCUGACCCAGGAGGAGGCAGCAGGAGGGAUCCUGUCAUCCCAGGAUCCACUUUUCUGACACAGCUCUACUGCAGCAGCCAGGCUGAACCCACCUGUGCUUCCUGCACCUGGCCUUCCCCUUCUUAUGUACAUUUGUCCAGCCAAAAAGGGUUAAACAAUCAAUAUUUUGUGCAGAACCUCUUGGGUCUCUUAUUCUAAAUGCUGGG